CUGCAUACUACUUUGCUUGCAAGUACAAAACCGCUUUGCUAGUAACCAUACCGUGGUAGUAUGCGCGGCGCCGAUGGCCCAACAUCGUUGUUCCCACCCGGCGUUUCCAGGCCCUGUUCUUGUUCUCUAUCCCUUCUACCUGGCUUCUUAGCAUAUUGUCAGUGCUGCUUCUGCGAGGAGUCUGUGCGCUGAGGGCUUCAAGGCUAUCUUUGUUGCGCCUGCCGGCCACGCCCGGGCGCCUACUGGGAUACUAUGCUGGGCCUUGUCGAGUGAAUCCCAGCGAGAAGAAACAACUACUCGUUGACCGUCGGCUUCUCCAUCGCCGGGAUUUUUCAUACGUCGUCGCUUUAACCUGCGGAUCUCCGCCCCGCCACGCGCUGCCCCCCAAACUACAGUACUCGUAACGCCACGUAUAGCACACAGCUGGUUGUGUAGCAACGUGUCGUCAACAGCCAGCCAGGGAGGAGGAGGAGGAGAAGGGGGUGGGUGGGCAAGGGGCGGCAGCACGCCCCAACCCCAGCCCAACCUCUCCCUCCCCACCCACCCCCCAGCCCUCCUAGUAGUCAAUGGCGACCAACAAUCCGGAAGCGGACCUCUGGGCGGACGCAGAGGACCCUGAGGUUCCAUUCACGGCAGCACAGCUUGAGAAGCUGGCGCGUGUGGGCCCUGCAAAGCUCCUGGGGCUGCGUCGCCUGCACAAGGCCUUUAGGGAGGCACAGGAUCCUCGGUUGCCUAAGCGCUGAGGACUGCGUGUGGACUGCAUAGGGAUAGCGAGGCCAGGGAGGAGCAGGCACUUGGUGUGGGUGGCCUGUUCUCUGUGGACCUGAAGCAGGUGGCGCAGAACUUUGGCAAGAGGUGUGCUGACAGUCGCAUUCCUGCCGACGUGCGUAAGGAUUAUGGCUAUGCAGCGGCACGUUCAUUCUUUCUUGCACUGGCCAACAUUGGCACGCAUGUGUACCCGAAAUUUCGUGUGGUGCCUGCUCAUGACCUCCAAGCAUUCACUGACUUGGUGAGAUCAUGGAGCGUAGAACUCAGAGUGCCUGUUUCCGUGGCGGCAAAUGCCCUGAUUACACUGUAUGUGCUGGCUGUGUUUCCAGUAGGUGGUGUUGACGGCCCACCUGAUCAGCUGCCGGUGGACCCCACGGCACCCAAGUGGGCAGGGAAGGAGCGGUACCUGCCAGCACAUGUGGGACCCAACCAGGGCCCGCAACCCAUCCGCGAGCAUGUGCAGGCCAUGCAUGGCUUUAUGCGAAACCAUGGGAUUGUGUAUGAUAAGCCAUUUCACACGCUGUGCGUGCCGUUGGUGUCAGAGCGGACCCGCUACGGGCUGGAGGUGUGGCCACAGGGGCGCAUCCCCACGGUGUGUACUGAGAGGAAGCCCGCUGCUCAGGGUGGCCAGUACAUUGCAGAGUUUAGCAGCGCGACCGUUGAGCUGGGCGUGGGAGCGGACAUGAUUCACGUGGUGCCUUACUUGAAUCCAGUCCAUCGUGUGGGGCGUGGUGGUACUUGUGUGUUCCAGGGCGGUGGGGGUUACCCAGCCGUGCUGGUGGGGCAUACGGCCAACCCCGCUGGGAGUGAGAGAGAGUGGUCCAGGGUUACGUGGUCGGUGCACAGGCUGAUAGCUUUUGUUGUUCAUGGUGAGCCCACGCUGGAGCGGACAACUGGACAAUUCCACCCGCUGCGUGAGGAGGGGUCGCGGAAGCAGGAGAGUCGUGUGUGUGUGCAGCAUACGUGUGAGGAGAAGAACUGCAUCAACAACACCCACAUUACCCUAGGAACCUACUC